UAUUUCAGUGUAAUUAAUAAAUAAAAAUGAUUUGAAGUUAAAUGUUAUUGUUAAUUUGUUAUUGACAGCCUUAAAUUGUCAACAAUGGCAUCAGCAAGUAUGCCUCUAUUAGAUGAGGACACCAUGGAAUUUGGUGAGGAAGAUUUAGCACCUGCCAAGGGGAAUCUAGCGCAUCCUUACGUUACAUUAUUCCAUUUAGCGUUUCGAGGAGCCGCAGUUGUAACAUAUAUGCUUUGUGGCUGGUUUAGCGAUAGUUUCAUCACCAGUUUUGUAGUGGUUGUUUUAUUAUUAUCGAUGGAUUUUUGGACUGUUAAAAACAUUACAGGUAGAUUAAUGGUUGGAUUGAGAUGGUGGAAUUAUGUGGAUGAUGAUGGAGUAUCACAUUGGGUUUUUGAAAGUAGAAAGGGCCAGAUGCAGAAUAGGAUAAACGAUAGGGAGUCAAGCAUUUUUUGGAUGGCCUUGAUCUUAACACCACUGUUAUGGUCGGUGUUCUUUUUGGUUGCACUCUUUGGUUUAAAAUUAAAGUGGCUAUUAUUGGUUGUAAUAGCUUUGAUUUUAAAUGGGGCCAAUUUGUAUGGAUAUGUUAAGUGCAAAGUUGGAGCUAAAGAAAGUAUUAGUAGUGUUACUAGCGAUUUUUUAAGGAAACAACUUUUAAGUAGUGCUGUUAAUAUGGUUACUAAACAAACAGCGCCACAACCUAAUGCUUUUGCCACUGGUAAUACGGUUUAAAAUGAUUAAAGUUAUUAUUGUAAAUAUUUUUUUUAAGUAAAUUACAUUUUAAAAGAUUUAA